GCCGUAUGCCGAACGUUGCCGACCCCUGACCUAAUCUCUAGAGUGACUGGCUGGGAGGAUGCAUGGAAGAGGCACAUCAUGAUACAUCUAUGCAACAGAAACUCUUCCUCCUCUGGCCACUCUACUGGCAGUACUAUCUAUCCACUCUCCAGUGAUGGGAACCUUAUCAUGGUUGGUCCAUGCAUGGAAGGAAUAUAGGAUAAAAAUUUCCUACACGCACAUCCCCUCAAGCCUACAUCUGCAGCGGGAGACACAGUUUAGCCCAUAGCUUAAUUAAUGUUACAGUAAUUGUGUUUGGCUGAGUAACUUUAGUGUGUUCUGCUAAUCACCUGCAGUGUGGACUUUUAAAAUACAUUAUAAAGCAUUUGAAUUGGGAGAUAAUUUUGUUAUUCAAUAACUUUAAAUAAUCUAUUUUGGAAGAGAGUGUUUUUUCUUAAAUGCAAGGUGUGUGGUUUAGUGAAACUUUGCAUGGACUAAAACUUUGCAUUAUCUUAACAUAGCAAAGAAAUGUUUUUUAUUUGUGUGUGUGCACAAAAUUUUCCCUCCCCCCAAAAAACCUGUGAGGUACAAAGGAAGUGGUCCAUUUGAUUCAAAUUGUGUGUGCCCUGCUGUGUCUUAAGUUUUUGGACCAGGUUCAGAUCUUACUGUUUACCAUCAUUGAUUUCCGUUACUGCUGAUUUAUAUUGAUGUAAAGUGAGAUCAAAAUCAGGCCCUUUGUGGUGUUCUGGGUUUUUUUAAGAAAACUUUUUUCAGAUUCUGCCAGUAGUAUGGAUUGGACUUUUGUGCCUUUAAAUAAAACUCUUGAAUUAUGAGAUUAAACUGGCUAAUGUGCACUAUCAUCUUAUUUUAUAGUGGUACACCCAUAUUGCAUUGUAAUAGAUUCAAGCUACAGACUGAUACAGUAUGUGAAUAAGUAUAGUUUAAAAGUCAUAUAAUGGAUAGUGAUGUAAAAAUGUAGGAAAUAUGACUGACUCAAAACUUCCUUGACCAGAUACUAUGUGCUCCUCUCGCUAAGGGAGAAAGAAGUGGUUUUUAUUAAAAAAAACAACAAAAAACAACAAAAAACCCACCAUAAGUUAUAAACACACUAAUGAAGUCCCAUAGGGCCUGUUUUUCCAUCAAUGCAUUUCACUCAGGCAUCAGAUGUUUCUUCAGGCUUAUUACUCCUGUUCUGGCUUCUGCUGCUAAUUAUAAAGAAGUUUUUUUGGCAUAUACAAUGCCAUUGUUGUAAUAGUGCCCCUAGAUACCUGAUUGAAUAGAUUAUAGAUUCAUCUCCCUCUGCUUGCUUCCUGGUGGUUAGAAAAUGGCAAAGGCCCAAAAUGGUAGCAUGGAGGCAACUUUAUAACUAAAUUUUUAAGGAAAUUAGUAACUUAAAGUUUUCCAAUUCAAACAGUCCCAAGGAUCAAUAAUUUUUCUGAUAGGAAAAGUUUAUUCCUUCCUUAAAGUAUUUGUACUGGUCCUACAAAAUAUCUACCAGUGAAAUAUGAAAUCUUAAGUAAUGUCAUGCUGAUUAACCUACUUGUUUCCUGUUUUUGCCCUCACCAUUUAAUUAUGAUGGUCAUGGUAUAAGAAACAAUACAAAAUAGACAUUACUAACUGUUGACAUCUUGUGUGCUGCUAGUUAAUUUAAUGUUAUAUUUUUAUGAAAGCUGGGAUUCCAACAUGUUUUCAUACAAUAUCCAGCAUUAAUCCUAACUCUUGAAAUGUCAGAGAUAUUGGUUGGUUGGUAAAAUAGUGAAAGAAUCAAAGUUUGGAAAUUAGUUGACUUGUGAUGGAUAAAGAAUCAUUAAUUUUUGUUAUUGUUAAACUGAUAACAUUACCUGCCAUGCAGUGAGUUUGUUGUGGCCAAGUAGUGCAGCAUAUACAUAAACGCACACAUUCAUCUUGUACCUGAACAGCACGUAGGCAAAUAAAGUACCGUAAGUUCAGAAAACUGAAAACCUUUCACUGUGAAUCCUCUUGCUUUUGUUGUUUGGUCAGUAUUUCCAUGUUUUUCCUUUUUUGUGUGUUUGUUAAAUAUACUGGAAUUGCUUUUUCUUUUCUUUCCAACAGGACAUACUAUAUUUUAUAUGAAUAAUAUUCAGAAUUAAUUUGAUCUGAAAGCUUAAUCAUUAUUACUUAUUUGUAAUGCAUGAGAGCCCAGAUGCCUAUAUCAGGGUUUGGUGCCCCAUGGUGCUGGUCUGUGUAAAAUAAGACCAUUCCUGCCUUCCAAAACUUAUGGUCUAAACCAGUAUAAGCAAAGUGAAAAUUGUUUGAAUUAGCAUCUUGCAGUACACGGUGAGUAUAGAAUGGCAUUUGUCUUAUUAAUUAAUACUGUUUGUUCUUCCCGUUUUCUUUUCUUUGAAGGUGUGGUCCUUAUAUCCCUUGCUCUCUGUGCAGAUGCAGUUAUAGGAAAUGUGCAGGAAAAAGCUAUGAAGUUACACAAUGGUUCCAAUUCAGAAAUGGUUCUGUAUUCCUAUUCAAUAGGUUUUGUGUACAUUUUAUUGGGAUUAACAUGCACUAGCGGAUUAAGCCCUGCAGUAACAUUUUGUUCAAAGCAUCCAGUUCAGACUUAUGGUUAUGCAUUCUUUUUUUCCCUGACUGGAUAUUUUGGAAUAUCCUUUGUUCUAGCGUUGAUUAAAAUCUUCGGUGCCCUUCUAGCUGUAACAGUAACAACAGGAAGAAAAGCAAUGACCAUUGUGCUUUCUUUUUUGUUCUUUGCAAAGCCAUUCACAUUCCAGUACGUGUGGUCAGGUUUAUUAGUUGUCCUGGGUAUAUUUCUGAAUGUUUACAGUAAGAAUAUGGAUAAAAUCAAGCUGCCUUCGCUACGAGGUCUUUGGAACAAAACUGCGGAAGAAAGAAAGACACGGACGUUGUCACAAACUGUGUAGACAAUGGUUUUAUGCCAUGUCUUGAAUCUGACUUAUUUUAUUGGAACAGUCUUCAACUGGUUCACUUUCCACAGGGAACAUUAUUAAAACCAAAGGAGCUGAAGGCAUAUUGUCUGCUUGCAGAUGAUUUGACAUGAACAGUUUUAUGUGAGCCUUCUCUUCAGAGCACUUGAAUUCGUCAUAGGUGUUAUAUACCAUUGUCAGAAGGCAUUAUCAAGCCAAUGAAGGAAAGCAACUCCUGGCAGACUGCUGAAAAACUAUGCUCCAAAUGGGGGACAGUAGAAUAUUAAUUUGAGCGUUUUUAUCAUAUCAGAUGUGGCUGAUUUGAGAUGAGUGGUUGUUUGUUUUUAUUGUUGGGUUGGGAUUAUUUAAAAGUAAUAUUGUAUUAACACUUAAUGGAAGCUAAUCAGCUACUGAUUGACCAAAUUGAAAUUUUAAAGUUGGAAGAGGUAGAAUACGGUAUGUCAUGAUUUUUCAUUUUAAAUAAAAAUUCAGUUUAAGUUCUUGA